AUGGCAAUUGACUCUGCUGUUGCGAAACUCUUGUCCCUGGACCCCAAGCAAACAACAAUAUCCGGUGCUGGUGCAGGAUCAAGCUUCGCAUCAACAUCCAAAAUCACAGCCAAACUCGACGAUGGCACAGAGAAGCAGUUUUUCAUGAAGACGGGCUCUGGUAACGAAGCCUCAGUCAUGUUUGAAGGCGAACACGCAUCCCUCAGUGCAAUCCACAACACCGUACCCUCACUAUGUCCCCAAUCUUACGGGCAUGGCAAACUCACCGAUUCACCCUCCACACACUUCCUAGUCACCGAUUUCGUAGACCUCUCAAGUCGAUUUUCCUCAUCCUCAUUAACCUCAACACCAUCUCUAGCUGCCAAACUAGCAAAACUGCACACCACACCAGCACCCCCUCCAAAGGGAGAAUCUACCCCAAAGUUUGGAUUCCCAGUAACGACCUGUUGUGGCGAAACACCCCAAGACAACAGAUUCAAAAGCAGUUGGGCUGAUUUUUACGCUGAGAAUCGAUUGCUGUUUAUUCUUGAGCGUAGCGAGAAGACCAAUGGUGCUGAUGCAGAGCUACGCUCUCUAGUCGAACAAACAGCCAACAAAGUAGUGCCUCGACUUCUCGGCGAUGACCAUCUCAACAACGGCAAAGGCAUUACUCCCGUAGUCGUCCACGGAGACCUCUGGUCCGGCAACGCAAGUCUGGGAAAAUUACCUGGUAUGGACGCUCCUGAGAAUCUGGUCUUCGAUUCUAGUGCGUGUUAUGCGCAUAGUGAAUUUGAAUUGGGGAUCAUGAAGAUGUUUGGAGGCUUUGGUGCAAGCUUUUUGAAAGAGUAUCAUCAAAUGGUUCCCAAGACGGAGCCGGUGGAGGAGUAUGAGGAUAGAGUUGCUCUGUACGAGUUGUAUCAUCAUCUAAAUCAUCAUGCGAUGUUCGGGGGUGGGUACAAGGGUGGUGCUGUUAGCAUCAUGAGUAGGUUGAUUAAGAAGUAUGGCAAGGACGAGUAA